AUGAGCUUCAAAAAUCUGUUUGCAUUUCAUAAGAAAACUCCUUUAUAUGCAAUUGAGGAUGCAUUUGUCGAAGAAGAAGAAAAAGAAGAAGAAAAACCGUUUGAACUAUCGAAAUUACUACAGUCGGCAAACAAUACAGUUUCUCAAAAGUUAAACGAAAACAUAACCAUUCAAUUCACAAAAAAAAUUGAAAACAUAAAGAUUCAUCCAACUGUAAAUUCAAAAUCCCAAGAUGUCAUGAAUCAAUUCAACAAAAAUCAAAUGAAUCUUAUCUUGAAAAUUGAUGAAGAAGAGAUUCGUUUCAAAAAGUUUGCAUUGACGAAAAAAAUUUCGCGAAAGCUGGUUAAGGACAUUUUCUCUACGAAGCAGAAUCCUCAUUUACAGUACACUGUUCAAAGAAAAGCGAAGUUUGAAAUUAAUGAUCCUAAAAAUCCCUCCUAUUCAAUGAUGAAUUUCCAAACGAUUACCGAUGUCCUUUCUUAUCGUAGUCAUAUUAGCCCAAAAGCUGUUGCCCACAUUUUUUUGGACAAGAAAGGAAGAGAAAUAUCACAAUUCUCCUGGGAAAAAUUCACUAAUAAGGUUUCUCGGUUUGCAAAGGUUGUGAAAAAGCAAGUUGGCUUAUUACCAGGUACGAAGGUGAUCCUGUACUAUCGAAAACUCGAAUUGGCUGAAUACCUUAUAAGCUUAUUUGGUUGCCUCCUUCUGGGUCUCAUCGUUCUCCCAGUUCAUCCAUCCUUGUCGUUGCAUCAACUAGCGUGUGUUGUAAAAAAUGAGAAAGUCAAAGUUGCUUUUACUACCGAAUCUACUUUCCGAAUUUUUGUGAAGGAUUCUGAAUUAGGAAGCAAAGAUGAAAUUGAAUGGUGGAAAUCCACUGAUUUCAUUCAUUACAAGCUCGAAGUGAAUUCUCAGUUAACUUUUAAGCCGUCUCCUCAGGAUGUCGCUCUCAUUGACUAUAUAUUUGAGUCACCAUCACAUCCCACGAAAGCAAUUUAUAAACAUCAUACUAUUAUGAACCAAGUGAAAUGUCUCACUUCCUCGAUAAUAACCCACCCUGCAAGUCGACAGAAAUGCGCAUCUGUCGAUUUGCAAUCUGCUGAAGAUAAUUUUAUGACCAACUUCCAGCCGUAUAAUAUGCUAGGUCUCAUUAUGGGCGUCUUCAAUGCCUUGUUUUCUGGGUAUCAAACGAUUUUUUGUGAAACGGAAGUGUUACAAACGCCGGGUUUAUUGGUAUACAUUUUAAGUAAGUAUCGGGUUAGCCAUGCGCUUUUCGAUUAUGCAAGCUUAAAGCAAACAAUUUAUAAUUACCAAGAAGAUCCACUGCCUACACUACAUUACAAGAAAAAUUACAUUCCUGAUCUUUCGAAUCUUAAGCUCUGCAUGGUGGAAUGUACGGUUGUCGACCCAGAAUUUAAGAUGAUCGCGUCGGACAGGUGGCUAUAUCCUUUAGGUAAUACGAAUUCAAAAGAGGUGAUUUCUCCUCUACUUUGCCUGCAAAAGUUUGGAGGGAUUCCAGUCUCAUUCAAAGAUUGGAUGAUUAAUUCUAACGAGCAACAUAUGGAAACAACUGAAGAGAACGACUCGCACCAAGAAAUACUUGUCCUGCGCGAAUCUAUUGAGAAAGGAUUGGUCGACAUUAUUCCUUUUCUCGAUAUAGGAAAGUAUUCCACAAACGAUGUACUUUGCUUAUCUCCUUUUUGGUAUCCGAUUCCAGAGUCUUCAGUUGCCAUAGUUAGCAAUCCAACUCAAGAAAUAUGCGAGGAAGGAAAAAUUGGUAAUUUAUGGGUUUAUUCGGAUUGUCUUCCUAUUUAUUUGGAAGAAGGGAAUGCGUCAGAUGCCUCACAUAAAGUAAGCAUCGACUCUGGCCAAGCUAGCGAUGUUUUCCUUGACUCUGGGCUUAAAGGAUUUUUGUAUAAUAAGAAAAUAUUUAUUCUUGGUUAUGAAAACGAGCAACUCCAGCUAAGCAAGCAGGUCCUAGAAGAGGGUCUGGUAAGUAUAGAAAGCAGAACAUACCAUUCUUUCUAUUUGAUUAAAACAUUGAUCAAUCUUAUUCCUUGGAUUUUUGAUGGGGUUGUUAUUGACCUGAGAAUAAACGAUUAUGCUCAUCCAGUGAUAAUACUUGAGAGUCCUUUGCUAAAACAAUCUUAUGUUCAUCUUUUGAACACGAUUGAAGAUGAUUAUUCUUUAACGGAUUCUUUGAGUAACAUUGCAGAAAGUACUCACAACAUCAUGAAAACUGUGUUUGGUAUAGAUGUUUUAUGCGUUUUAAUAACCCCGUCUAAAUCGCUCCCCAGAACUCGUUGUUCUGAAAGUCAGACAAUUAGUCCGGAAAAUUGCAAAGUUUCUUUUCUAUCUGGCACACUACCGGUAAAUUAUUACAGGUUUUUUUUAGAGACUACACUUCCUGGCGUUAUUUCUAAUGCGGCUGUUACAAAAUGCAUAUGGUCCAAAGAACUAGAAAUUGAAAGGAUAAGUUUCUUAGAAAAUCGGAAUAAGCAAUUUAUGACUUGUUCUAAACCAAAUCAUAUACUGAGUAGAGCUACUGAUCACUUACUCAACUAUUUUACGAUAUUGGAUUUUUUCAAAAAUAGAACAUCAAAGUCAUCGGAUGGUCUUUCCUUUGUUGUUUGCGAACCUGUUCUCAAACAAAGUAUUAACAUAAGUUGGAAAGCGUUUGAAAACAAAGUUGCUUCUUUGAUUGAGUAUAUGCAAACGACUAUCAAAAUUAGGCGAAAACAAUACGCUUUGCUAGUGUAUAAUGAUCCUUAUGAAUUUGUGGUUGCCCUCUAUGGAUGUUUUUUUCUGGGGAUAUGUGCUAUUCCUUUACAAAUACACUCUGUAAAUCAUGUCAUAAAGGAUAUCGAAGAAAUUAUACUUUUGUGCGAUCAGUUCCGUGCUAAUUGUAUUCUACUCGACGAUGGCACUUUCAUUAAUAUUAAAUCUCGUGAUAGUUUUCAUCACUUACAGCAAGUGUGUAACGAAAAACGAGUGAAGGUUCCCAAGAUAUACAAUACGAAUUACCUGCCUGCGGCAAAGAGACCAUUAAAAAAGUUAGUUUCAAAGAUAGCGAAAGAACAAAAUAACAAGGAAAAGGUUGUUUUGGUAGCUGUCAGCAGACUGACUGAUGGCUCUACUUUCUCCGUUAAUUUUUCACACUUUGAUUUGUUGCAUUAUUGUCGAGAGCAAAAGGAAUUUAUUCUUGAUGAUAACGAUUCUUCUCUUCUAGGUGGUAUUGAGUUUGGGUCAGGGAUUGGCUUGCUUCAUACAGCACUUUUGGGCGUAUACACAGGUUUACCGACGGUCCUUGUGAAUGGCUCUGGCAGUCACUGCCGUGAAAAUAACACUCUUCAAACAAUGUUAGAAAAGCGUGUAUCAAAAGCUGUCUUGCCUUUGAACUAUCUUUUAAAUACUCUCGAGAAAACUGAAAUCUGUGAAUACGAAGGAUUAAACGAUAUGAUAAAAUGUAUUAUUGUUCCUUGUUACGAAAAGCCUGAAACUUCAAAAGUGACAACAAUUAUUGAUAAUAUGUUUCGAUUAAAUCUUAAAACUGAAAUGAUAAAACUUGCUUAUUGUCACCCACUCAACCCAUUAAUUUGCUGGUGUGAUGAACAAGGCAUUAAUGAUAUGAAAGGCGAUUUUGACACUAAUGAUUUAAAAAAGGGAUUCAUUACAUCGAAAAGCAACAACCAUAAGAAAGGAAUUACUAUAUAUGGUUUGGGGGCUAAUUGUUUGCAUAACGAUGUUUGUGUAGUUCAUCCUGAAUCGAAACGCAUUUGUAAUGAAGGAGAAGUGGGAGAAGUUUGGAUUGCUGCAAGGCGCGGGUCGUAUUGCGCUUUUGAUCAACGGAAUGUCGGAUCUGAAUUACUUACUGAAGAAAACUUAAAGAAACAGCAUUUCAGAUCUGGAUAUUUAGGGUUUAUUCAUCCUAAAUCGUUGGAUUCGGAGAGUUCUGAGAAAUUUUCAAAAAUACUAUACGUUUUGGGCGCAAUUUGGAACACAUUCGAACAGAACGGUUUGAACCAUUUUGCCUCGGACAUCGAAGAAACGGUUGAACAAGUACAUCCUAACAUUUGUAGAGAAGGAUGUAUGGCUUUCAAGGCAGCGGAUCAAUUUACGUUGCUAGUUGAAGUCAGUAAUAUGCAAAGACUUACAAGUCUUGUCCCAACUAUAGUUUCUACCGUUUUGGUAACGCACAAAGUUAUAGUUGAUAAGGUUGCAUUUGUUCCUCGAGGUGUAUUGUUGCGUUGGGCUACAGGAGAAAAAAGACGAAGCGAUAUGUUGAAAAAAUGGGUCGCAGGUAGAAUCCAAGAUCUUUUCGAUAAGUCAGGAAACAUCGUCUAG